AUUUUGAUACACAAAAAAAUUGAAUAAUUAUAGAAAUUAUUAAAAACGUUUAUGAAUUAUAAUCAUCAUUUUCUGUUUUAUAUGGACAUCUACUUAACGAUCUUUACGGGUGAGCCGAAAGCCCUUGUCCCGGUGACACCAUUUGUGCUUAUUAGAGAAACUCCAGCUACCACAAUGACAUCCCGAUUCUUUAUGUCCGACUCCGAGUCGGAGUCAGAAUCAAGUGAGGAGGAGGUAGUUAAAGAGCCAACCGGUAUCUCUGCAGCUGCAUAUGCGUUUAGUGAAGAUGAAGAGGAUACCAAACGUGUGGUACGAUCGGCAAAGGAGAAGAGAUAUGAAGAGUUGAAAAAUAUUAUUAAAAAGCUAAAAAAUAACAAAAGGAGCAAGGAUAUGUCAGCGUGCUUUACAAGUUUUGAAGAACUUACUCGUGCUUAUGCUAAAGCCUUGCCUGUAGUGCAGAAAGAGGAAGGUGGAAAAACUCCCCGUUUCUAUGCUCGCUGUCUUGCCGAGUUGGAUGAUUUUAUCAAGGGAUCAUGGGAGGAUAAAGCUGGGAGAAAGAGUAUGUCCAAGAAUAAUGCUAAAGGGUUAACAUCACUUCGUCAGAAAUUCAGAAAGUAUGCUCGUGAUUAUGAGGCAGAUUUGGCUCUUUUCCGUGAAAAUCCAGAUGCCCCAGAUUCAGAUGCUGAAAAUGAAGUGGCCUAUCAAGAUGAUGAUGAUGAUUCUGACAACAAUAUGGAUGCAGAAACUUUCCAGAAGGAACCUUCUAUUCCAAGGUCUGCAAAGAAAUUUGAAAAGGGCCCAGUUGUAGAUGAUGAUUCGAGUGAUGGAGAUAGUAUCGACUGGGGCAAUGAAACUGAUGAAACAACAUCUUCAUCAGAUGAAGGUGGUGGAUAUACAACUCUAAGAGAGAAAUUCUUGAAGAAGGUUCCUGAAAAAGAUGACGAUGGUGGAGGAAGAAAGAAAAAACGUUUACCCAAGGAAAUGAAACUUGAGAAGGAUGAAGAGACUGAUGAGGAAGAUGAUGGAGGUUGGCAAAAAGUGAAGAAAGGAUCGUCGUUACCAAUGGAGAAACCAAAGAUGUUUGGUAAAGAUGAUGAGAUCACUGUAAGUUCUGUUCACAAGAAGUUGAAUGAAAUUAUGGCUGCUAGAGGCAAGAAAGGAACAGAUCGAAAAGAGCAGAUUGAACUGCUUCAUGAGCUGUUGAAUGUUGCUCGGGAGAAUAAUUUGGGACCUGCCAUUUAUGUGAAAGUGCAGUUCAACAUAAUCAUGUCCAUCUAUGAUUAUAAUCCUUCAGUAUCAGAUCCAAUGAAAGUUGAAUUUUGGGAAAAGGUUUUGUUGAAGAUUGAUGAGCUGCUGGACAUGCUUAUAGCAGAACCUGAAUUAAAUAUUGGUGAACACAUCACUGAAGAACUUGAGAGUCUGGAGAAGCCCCCGUACAAUGUCCGAGGAUGUGUUCUUACCAUAGUUGAUCGUAUGGAUGAAGAAUUCAUAAAGUUAUUGAAGGCAUGUGAUGCUCACAGUAAUGAGUAUAUAGUACGAUUGAGGGACGAGAUUCGUGUUUGUGCUAUAAUUGAUAAACUUUUGAAGUAUGAAGAAGAGAAUGGAAUGCCUUCUGAUAUUUGUAGAAUAUACCUACGUAAAAUUGAGCAUCUCUAUUACAAGUAUGAGCCUCGAGCUGCUAAACAAGCCAUGGGGGAACUUCCUGUGACUGAAGAUACAAGCCUUUGUGAGAUGGACAAGUUAUGCAAGUACAUCUAUGUGAGAGAUAAUACAGAUCGUCUUCGUACCAGGGCAGUCUUGUGCCACAUCUACCACAUGUCUCUCCAUGAUAAGUGGUAUGAAGCCCGUGACCUUAUGCUUAUGGCCCAUUUGCAGGAAACUAUUCAGCACUCUGACUUACCAACACAGAUUUUGUACAAUCGAACUAUGGUGCAGUUGGGUUUGUGUGCUUUCCGUCAUGGUAACAUAAAGGAAUCUCACAAUGCUUUACUUGAUAUACAGUCAGGUGGUAGGGCUAAGGAACUGUUAGCUCAAGGUCUUCUGCCACAGCGUCAACAUGAGAGGACAACCGAACAGGAGAAGCAGGAGAAACAACGACAAAUCCCUUUCCAUCAGCAUAUUAAUUUAGAGAUGUUGGAGUGUGUUUAUCUUGUGUCUGCCAUGCUUAUUGAAAUUCCUUAUAUGGCUGCUCAUGAGUUUGAUGCCCGUCGACGUAUGAUCUCUAAGUCUUUUCACCAUCAGCUGAAAAACUCUGAGCGUCAGUCUUUGGUUGGUCCUCCAGAGAGUAUGAGGGAACAUGUUGUAGCUGCUUCAAAGGCUAUGAGAAAUGGCAACUGGAAGCAGUGUAGAAAUCUCCUCCUUAAUGAUAAAAUGAAUGGCAAAGUUUGGGAUUUGUUCCAUGAAGCAGACCGUGUACGAAAGAUGCUUGGAUUGAAGAUUCAGGAAGAGAGUCUUCGAACAUACCUCUUUACCUAUUCUCAUGUUUAUGACUCCAUUUCACUUAUCAAGUUAUCAGAAAUGUUUGAGUUGCCCCAUAGCACAGUUCAUGCAAUUAUCAGCAAGAUGAUUAUUAAUGAGGAAAUUAUGGCCUCGCUGGAUGAACCAACUUCAUGUCUUGUUAUGCAUCGCACUGAACCAUCAUCUCUCCAGUCCCUUUCACUACAGCUGGCUGAUAAACUAUAUAACUUGGUUGAAAACAACGAACGUAUUCUCGACCAAAAGCCCUUUUUCACCCGCGGAAUGCAGGGUGGUGGGUACCGUGAUCGCCGUGAAAAGGGAAAUUGGGGCGACCGUCGUGACCGCAGGGAUAACCAAGACCACCGAGGACGCAGAGACCGAGACUAGGUCUCCUCAUAAUCAAAGGUCACAGCACUUCGUUAAAAGAUGGAAAAUCCGAGAGGAACUCCUUUGGGUAGUGCUGCUGUCCUUACCAAUCACCUUCCAUGCAAGUCUAAAUAGAGGUGUUUUGGGGCCCAUUCAGCAUAGAAAAAUAGACUCCCUUGGUGUCUCAUUGCCCAGUAUCCCAAGCUUUAUACUUGUUAUUACCACUUGACAUAUCUUUUUACUUGCUGUUUUCUUAUGUCGUAAGUAUUUAAUAAUUAUGAAUACUAAAAGCACUCAAGACAAGCAUAAUUUUGGGCUUUCUUUCGUAUAUUGCUGCCAAACUUUUAACCAGAUAGCCAGUUCCAAUAAUUCUUUUAUACUGAUGCAAAGUUGAAAUUGCAUAUUUUGAUUGGGUGGUUAUGGGUAACUUCGGUGUUCUAAUUAAUUUGUUACUUGGUACAAGUUUUCUUGGCAGGAAGCUAAAAGGUGCCAGAAUGUGUUAAAAUGGUAGCUUGAAGAAAAAACUGUUGAUUAGUUAUAAAGCUCUGUUUUUAUCCAUAUCUUAGGCUUGAGAUUUCCAGGACUUGAGUUGAUUUUUUGUUUGAGUGAAUGGGCCCCAAAAAAGAAGAAUGGAUGAGUAAAGUAAGUGGUAGAAAUUUUAUAUAUUCAAUUCAUUACUGAUGAUACACUUUGUCGUCUUAAAGUUCGUUGUUACAACUAACAGGAAAUAUAGUAAAGGUGGAAAAUGGA